AACAAAAUUAGUUACGAAAGAAAAUAAAAAACAAAUCGUUGCCUCUUCCCAAUUAGCAGCCAGCUUUGAACCACACAAGAGACAUAAAAAGCCCUUAAACCUGGAAGGAAUCUCAGCGGUUUCGAUUCUGAAAAUUUGAUCCUUUUUUCGAACAGACAAUACUGUAUUCGGACAGGGACGAUCUUACUAUGUCCGUAGCAGACAUCAGGAUGGAGACUGAGCAGCCUGAUGAUUUAGCUAGUGAUAACGUCGCUGAGAUUGAUGUAAGUGAUGAAGAGAUUGAUGCAGAGGACUUAGAGAGACGUAUGUGGAAAGAUCGUGUCAGGCUCAAAAGAAUCAAAGAGCGUCAAAAAGGCGGUUCUCAGGUGAAGGAGGCUCCUAAGAAAAUCUCUGAUCAAGCGCAGAGGAAGAAGAUGUCAAGAGCACAAGACGGUAUACUUAAGUACAUGUUGAAGCUAAUGGAAGUCUGUAAAGUCCGUGGGUUUGUGUAUGGUAUUAUACCUGAGAAGGGGAAGCCAGUGAGUGGCUCCUCUGAUAAUAUAAGAGCUUGGUGGAAAGAGAAGGUGAAGUUUGAUAAGAACGGUCCAGCUGCGAUUGCUAAGUAUGAAGAGGAGUGUUUAGCUUUUGGGAAGUCGGAUGGGAAUAGGAACUCUCAGUUUGUGCUGCAAGAUUUGCAAGAUGCUACUUUAGGGUCUUUGUUGUCUUCUUUGAUGCAGCAUUGUGAUCCUCCGCAGAGGAAGUUUCCGUUGGAGAAAGGGACUCCUCCUCCUUGGUGGCCAACGGGGAAGGAAGAGUGGUGGGUGAAACUCGGUUUGCCGGAGAACCAGAGUCCUCCUUACAGGAAACCUCAUGAUCUCAAGAAGAUGUGGAAAGUUGGGGUUUUAACGGCUGUGAUCAGUCAUAUGUCGCCUGAUAUUGCUAAGAUUAAGAGGCAUGUUCGUCAGUCUAAGUGUUUGCAGGACAAGAUGACGGCUAAAGAGAGCGCGAUUUGGUUAGCGGUUUUGAACCAAGAGGAGUCACUUAUUCAGCAGCCUAGUAGUGACAAUGGAACAUCUAAUGUAACUGAGACACAUAGGAGGGGUAAUAACGCUGACAGGAGAAAAACUGUGAUCAAUAGUGAUAGUGACUAUGAUGUUGAUGGGACGGAAGAGGCUUCAGGUUCAGUUUCGUCUAAAGACAGUAGAAGAAAUCAAGUUCAGAAGGAACGACCGAUAGGUACUUCACAACCAGUAAGAGAUCAAGAUAAAGCAGAGAAACACCGGAGAAGGAAAAGACCUAGAAUAAGAUCAGGAACUGUUAAUGUACAAGAUGAAGAACAGCCAGAAGCUGAACAGAGAAAUGUGUUACCUGAUAUGAAUCAUGUUGAUGCACCUCUGCUAGAUUAUAACAUCAACGGCACUCAUCACCACGAGGAAGGUGUUUUAGAACAAAACAUCGUCUUAGGACCAGAAGAGAACGGUCUUGAACUGGUGGUUCCUGAGUUUGAUAGCAACUAUACUUAUCUUCCUCCUGUCAAUGGACAAGCUAUGAUGCCUGUAGACGAAAGACCAAUGCUUUACGGACCAAACACUAACCAGGAGUUGCAAUUUGGGUCAGGUUACAACUACUAUAAUCCUUCUGCAGUGUUUGUGCAUAAUCGGGAAGAAGACCUUCUCCAUACACAGAUAGAAAUGAACGCACAAGCACACCCUCACAGUAACGGGUUCGAGGCCCCAGCAGGAGUACUUCAACCCCAUGGUUUACAUGGAAAUGAAGAGGGUGUAGAAGGAGAAGAUAUGCCUCCUCAGUUUCAGAGUGACCAAGAUAAAUUCUUGGACAGUAACAUCCUAUCUCCAUUCAAUGACUUGGUGUUUGAUGGUAGCACCUUGUACUCUGGGUUUGAUUCAUAUGGUGCAUUUGAUGGUGACUUAUCAUGGUUUGGAGCUUAGUUUCUUAACAUUUUUGUUGGGAGGUUACAUGGUUCAAGGGAACAUGGCAAUAGUCUGGCUAGUACAGUUACAUUCUCUCUUGCUGAUCUUAUAUUCUUGGUCUUUUUCUUAGAUUUGUUAGGAGAAACAAUAAUUUCCUUUUGAAUAAUUUGCCAGACACUGCUUUUCCCGCUGUAAUGUUCGCCAGGGAAAGCAGUCAGUGCGUAUCUUCUGUAAACUAACCCUGUGAGUAAUUUAUCAAGUUAAGAGAAUCAUUAUCUUUGCUUGUUCAAUUGCAAAUUCU